UUGACAAGAGCUUCCGUUUUAAGUCCCGCCCAUAAUCCAAUACUUGUGUAAAAUAGAAAGCGUUUCUGCAAUUUUUCCCAUCUUUUUAAGUGUCCAUCUACACGAUUCGUUAAAAUUUUGUUUUUCGUAUGUCGUAACCGAAAAUUAUAUAGCCACAUAGCAAGAAAUGAAAAUGGAGUGGACUCCGCAAGAGGAAGGAUUGAGGGAAAUCCUGACCCUUUUAAGAGAAUCGCAAUCGCCGGACACUGCCACUCAAAGGGCCGUACAACAAAAACUGGAAGAAUUAAAUAAAUAUCCAGAUUUUAAUAAUUACUUAAUGUUUGUUUUAACAAAACUGACAACAGAAGAUGAACCCACAAGAUCACUAAGUGGUUUAAUAUUGAAGAAUAACGUCAAAACUCAUUAUAAUAGUUUAUUACCAAAUGUAACAAAUUUUAUAAAGACUGAAUGCCUUCAAGCUGUCGGCGACCCGAGUCCAUUAAUAAGAGCUACCGUCGGUAUUUUAAUAACAACAGUCGCAAGUAAAGGGGACUUAGGGUCGUGGCCGCAACUUUUACCUGCCUUGUGUAAUAUGCUUGACUCUACGGAUUACAAUGUUUGUGAAGGUGCUUUCGGGGCUUUACAGAAAAUCUGCGAAGAUUCUGCUGAAGCUUUAGAUGCCGAUACAACAAACCGACCUCUAGACAUUCUGAUACCGAAAUUCUUACAGUUUUUUAAUCAUUCUAGUUCGAAAAUUAGGUCCUAUGCUAUUGGAUGUGUAAAUCAAUUUAUUAUUCAAAGGUCUCAAGCACUCAUGUUUCACAUUGAUUCAUUUCUACAGAACCUUUUCCAUGUGGCUACUGACGACGAUGCAGAAGUUCGAAAAAAUGUCUGUAGGGCUUUAGUGAUGCUUUUGGAAGUUAGAAUGGACAGACUCAUAAAUCAAAUAGACAACAUUAUUGAAUAUAUGUUGCUUAGGACGCAAGAUGCAGAUGAAGGUGUUGCUUUGGAAGCCUGCGAGUUUUGGCUAUCUCUUGCUGAACAGCCGAUUUGUAAAAGUGUUCUGGCUAAUCAUUUGAGCAGACUAAUUCCAGUUCUUGUGAGGGGCAUGAAAUAUUCAGAAAUCGAUAUUAUUUUGUUGAAAGGUGACGUAGAGGAGGAUGACAAUAUUCCUGACAAAGAGGAAGAUAUAAAACCGAGAUUUCAUAAAUCUAAACAUACAAUACCGGUUAAGACAAAUCCACAAAAUGGCACUGAGAAUGGGAUUGACAAGGAUGAAGAUGAAGAUUUUGAAGAUUCAGAUGACGACGGGUCAAUUUCGGACUGGAAUCUCAGGAAAUGUAGUGCAGCUGCUUUAGAUGUACUCGCAAAUGUAUUUAGGGACGAUCUUUUACCAAUCCUGAUACCAAUUUUGAAAGAAACCUUAUUCCAUCAGGAUUGGGAUGUGAAAGAAUCGGGCAUAUUAGCGCUGGGUGCUAUUGCUGAAGGUUGUAUGAGUGGAAUGAUCAAUCACUUACCAGAGCUGAUUCCUUAUCUGAUAAAUUGUCUUAAUGACAAGAAGGCACUGGUGAGGGCGAUUACAUGUUGGACGUUAAGUAGAUAUUCUCAUUGGGUAGUAAGCCAACCCCAUGAAUCUUAUUUAAAGCCUUUAAUGACUGAACUACUAAAAAGAAUACUCGAUGGAAAUAAGAGGGUGCAAGAGGCAGCUUGUUCCGCGUUUGCAACAUUAGAAGAGGAAGCAUGUACUGAACUGGUUCCUUAUUUGGGUUUUAUUCUUGAAACCUUAGUUUUUGCAUUUACAAAAUAUCAACAUAAAAAUUUGUUGAUUCUAUAUGACGCUAUAGGAACCCUUGCUGACUCAGUAGGGAGCCAUUUAAAUAAGCCAGAAUAUAUAAAUUUAUUGAUGCCACCUUUAAUUCAAAAAUGGAAUGUUUUAAAAGACGAAGAUAAAGAUUUGUUUCCCUUGUUAGAGUGCCUUUCCAGUGUUGCCACAGCACUUCAGUCUGGAUUUUUACCAUACUGUGAACCUGUUUAUUGUAGAUGUGUAUCUCUUGUCCAACAUACUUUAUGUCUACAUAUGGCCAAUAUUCAAAAUCCAGAUCAGUAUGAAGCACCAGACAAGGACUUCAUGAUAGUGGCUUUAGAUCUUUUAUCUGGCUUGGCCGAAGGUUUAAACGGCCACAUCGAGAAGCUGGUGGAAAAUAGUACCAUUAUGGAAUUAUUGAAUAUCUGUAUGCAAGAUUCCAUGCCCGAAGUAAGGCAGAGUUCUUUUGCUCUAUUAGGUGAUCUCACAAAAGCAUGUUUUCAACAUGUUAGACCGCACAUUUCAAGCUUUUUGUCUAUUUUGGGUCAGAACUUGAAUCCAGAAUAUAUAUCAGUUUGCAAUAAUGCCACAUGGGCCAUUGGAGAAAUUAGUAUUAAACUAGGUGCUGACACACGACCAUUUAUACCACUGGUUUUGAAUCAACUAAUAGAUAUAAUAAAUAAGCCAGACACGCCAAAAACUCUUCUGGAAAAUACAGCCAUAACAAUUGGUCGACUAGGUUAUGUGUGCCCUCAUGAUGUCGCCCCAAUGUUACAAGAAUUUGUUCGACAGUGGUGUAUAUCGCUAAGAAAUAUCAGGGACAAUGAAGAGAAAGACAGUGCGUUCCGUGGCAUGUGUCAGAUGAUCCAAGUGAACCCUGUAGGCGUCAUUACAGAUUUCAUAUUUUUCUGUGAUGCAGUAGCCUCAUGGAUUAGUCCCAAAGAAGAUUUAAAAGCAGUUUUUCACAAGAUCUUGCAUACAUUCAAAGAGCAAGUUGGAGACGAGAACUGGAGAAGAUUUAGCGAUCAGUUUCCGCCGCAAUUAAAAGAUAGGUUGCAGUCGUUGUAUGGCAUAUGAAUUCUGAACGAGACAAUUUCUAGGGUAAAAACGGGGUAAUCAAAAUCAGUCUUGAGGAUCCGGGGUGGGACAACCUUGAAAAAAUAAUCGCGUAACUCCCGAAGAGCGUUUCAAUAGACAUCAAGAAGAGGGGUGGGAUCAAUACUAAAUAUAAUAACUUAAAAAAGAAGAAUCCUUUUGAUAAGUACUCAGAUUCAGUUUUAAAACCUAAGGAUUCUAAACCAUUUUUUUUUCCUUUGCAGUUUAUGAUCAUUUAUUUGACCACAUUAUUACCUAUCUAUACCGAAGCGACAGUAGCAUUUUUUUUGUUAACCAAAUUUUGAUUAGUUGUUGGUAAUAUCAAGGAUGAGCCUGUAAAGACCCGUAAUGUUGCAAAAAACACUUUUUAUGAACGGCGACAAAAAUACUUUUACGAGUUAAGCUUGGUUUACUUAGGAGACCCGAUUUUUUAUAUUUUCUUAUAUUAGGUCUUUUAUUUUUUUAUUGAUAUUAUAUUUUUAUUUUUAUUAGAGAUCAAAUUUUAAAGAGACUCAAAAGUAUAUGUUGGGAAGGAAUGGAAAUGCCAUAUCUUUCACCUUAUAUGUAUUUACAUUUUUUACCUGUAUUUUACAUGAAAUUGGAACAUAUUCAAAAGAACCAAAGUUUACUGUCGCUUCUGAAUAGUUAAGGUAUUCUGUGACUUUACAUUGUAAAAUAUAUAUAUUUUUAAUAUGAAAAAAAAAAACACCAAUAAGUGUCUCUUAACAAUACACAAAAUAAAAUUGUAUAUAGUUAUCUUUUUUUUUCUAAUCGACGUUAUUUCACGUUGAAUCAACUAAAUUCCGAAUAAAUUUGAAUGUUGUCAUUUUGCAAUAUUUAAUUUUUUUUGUUAGUUGAUUUGGUGGGCCAUAAUGUUCUGUUUGUAGGAAAUUUAGUAUGUAAAAUUUAAUAACGGCCCAACGUAGUUAAAAAAGCAGAAUAUUUGUUUUGAGUUGUUAAAAGCUACAUACUAAUAUUAUAUUAAGCAUAACGAUUUUGGUGUGGUAAGUUGUAAAUUUGUUGUCAUAUAGUGAGAACUUCUUACCCAUGGCGUAUAAUUUGGUUUUGCAUUUAUAUAUUCACAUUAUUGUGCUUACUCAAUAUAACGUGUCACCUUAAGACAAUCCAUUUAUAAGCAAUGCAUCAAACAAUAUACAGGGUGUCCCAGAAAUAACUGCAAGUAUUUUAAGAUCUGUCCAAAAGAAACAUAUUUUCUCUUUACCAUUUUUAAAAUAAAUUAAUAAUAACAGAGUUACGUAACUUUGAAAAUUUAAAAAGUAAUGGCGUAAUGGCAACAUUUUGAGAGUCGCCGGCAGCAACUGAUAUUCAGCGGCAAAUGCCAAGCAAUUAGCUGGAUCCCAGCUUGUUCGACGCCCAAUGUUUGACACAUCUACUAAGUUUACACGAGCAACCUAAUGCGCAUUGGCUGAAUGCGAAUUUAAAUAAAACGCCUGUGUCAACAUUUGUAAACCGUUUUAAAAAUCCUAAUUCGCAUUAACUCAGAACGCAUUAAAUAUGUGGAUUAUCUCGCUUAAAUUCGAAUUAAAGUUUCGUGUAAACACAAAUGCGCAUUAUCUCGCAGCGCUACCAACAAAAAAAAUGAACCGACAGCUGACUGAACGAAUAUUGAGGUUAUUUUUUGUGUUUAUAUUUUAAAAAAGUGACCACUCCUUGGUUUCAUCCAACUACUCCUGAAGCUCGGUGGAAAGUUUUGAAAAACUGAUCCUGGUAUUUCCAUUAAAAUCUGACAAUGUAGUAAAUGUAAAUAAGAAUCUAACAUUAAACUUCUCAUUCUUUUUAGAGUUUACCUUCUUCUUCGUAAGAUUCUAGAUAUCACCUGAUUUCUUCUUUCAUAUAGUAAUUGGUUUAACAGAACCAUAAAGGAACUAACAAUAUUUAGAUUAUCCAUUUUUAACGUUUAAAAGUUUAGAAUUAUUUGUUAAAAAUGCGAAAAA